UAGGUGAUCGGUUGGUGGUAGUAGUGGUUGUCUCAUUCUAUAUACGGACAGUAUUGGGACUAUAUACAUUAUUCAGUGCGAGUAACACGCAGAUGCUUUUUCGGUUUGUUUCUGACCAACUAAAGGGAUUAAUAUUUUGUUUUUCGCAUAAUUUUUCUUGUCAUUUUUUUGCCCGAUGCUCAGUCAUCCAACAAAAUGUCAAAACCACCUUGUGACAUAAAGAAAACAGUAGCGAAUUUGUUGCGAGCGCCGUAUCCAUUCCCACAUGAACACCACAGAACAAUUUACGAACAAUGCGGACGAAUGUUUUUCACUCAAAUCAAUUUGUAUCGAUGCAAUUUUUGUAAAAUAAAAUUGCUGGGCGAACCACAACUUCUUGACCAUAACAAAAGUUUUGGCCAUCAGACGGAGAUGGAAAAAGAAAUUGCCGUAAGAUUGAAAAAAUCCACAAUCGAAAAAAAGGUGACAAGCAUCAAGUUGUCGGGGAAGGUGAAAGAAAAGUUAGCGAGCGCCGCAGUACAAGCGGCACAAAUGAAAUUGAAUGAGGCAAUGGCCGAAUUGAAAAACGAAUAUGAAUUGUAUCGACUGAGUCCAGCUCUGCAUCCAAUGUAUGCUAAGGAAUGGCAAGUCUAUUACCUACGACGCUUAAGCGACAUUUUGGCCAUAAAUAUUGAUCCACGUGAAUACGACUUUACGAAAGAUUGGUCCAUGUAUUGGGUUCAACGAAUCCAGGUUUACUAUAAUGAAGCCAUGCAAAAAGUCAUCAACACCAUUGGCGCAAACUACAAGUUGACGUUAGAUGAAAUGGACCUGACUGGGGCAUCACAGACAGAUAAUGCUCAACAUUGUGCUAAUGGUGAUCACAUCAAUAAAGAUCACGGCAAAAGUGAUUCGGUCAAAGAUAAUCUUGCUAAUGGUGCUCGUAUGAGUGAAGACCGUGCCUAUGUCGAUCGCGAUUUGGGUGGUAAUGAUUCGGUCAAUGACGAUAAAUCCAAUAAUAAGAUUCAUGCUGACAAUUUUUCAAUUACAAACGGUGAAUCGAUUUCAACUGUGAACAAUGAUAAUGUCAUUGAAAUUGACUCUGCAGCAACGACCGAAGACGAGGCCAGCGAAUGCGAGUUCGAAUCUGGAUCCAAAAAUCGGUCAAAAACAGACAAUGGGUCUGAAUCUGAAUGUGGUGAUGACGUUGCAACAUCAAGAUUCCGUCUACCUUUGCCCCAGAAUUUAAUUGACGAAGCACUCAGUUGGGCAAAGGAUGAAUCUUCGAUGAAAUCGCAGGAAGAUUCCUCCACCGCAACCAUCACAACCGCCAAAGAACCAUCAAAUGAAAUCAAGGAAAACGAUGCGGCAAUCGAUUUCGAUGCCGUAGCCGAUUCGGUUCUAUCGUUUUUCCAAACGUGUGGCCUAAAUCCGGCCAAUUUGUCCGAUGAACAGGUGCAACAAUACAUUGAAUACAUCGUGAAAUCCACACCGAAACCGGCAAAUGACAGAGCUGGAUCUGUUGAAACUCUCAUGUCGUCGGAUAGCAACGAUGAUUCUUGGCGAUACGUGUGACUAAUCAAAUUACAUGACUUUCAAUCAAUUUCAUUCCAUCUACAUUUUCAUUUCAUUCGAAAAUUCCGCUAAAUACCAAAUGUCAUUUGAAUCGACAUAACCUCAAUAAAAAGGCGAUAGGUUUAAUACAUUACUGGUUGUAUCAUUAAGCAAAAUAAUAAUUUAUGUUUUUCAUUAGAA